AUGCCAUCCCACGCUCACGGCAUCCAUGUAUCGGAGUUGGCGCAGACAGUCCAAGACACCAUCAAAGUCUGCGUCAAGCUGCAAGUCAAGUACCUCUGGGUCGACGCGCUGUGUAUCGUCCAAGACGACGCCGCCGACUGGAACGUCGAAUCCGCAAAGAUGAUGGACAUCUACGCGAACUCCUUCUUCACCAUCAACGCGAGAGCACCGAGCUCGUGCAAGAUGGGGUUUCUCGGCCGGCAGCAGCUGGGAAACACGGGAUGGCAGAGACCCAUCUGCGCCCGCGUGCCGCCCGGCCUGGGUCCUUCUGGAGACCGCCUCUUUGUCAGGGAUGGCGAGGUGGAGCAGUUCCAGGUCUUCUCCCUGGACUCCCGCGGCUGGUGUCUGCAGGAGAAUAUCCUCCCGCAACGGAGACUGGUCUUUGACGGCCGGGAAAUGGCGUGGCACUGCCGCGAGAGGAACAUGUGCGAGUGCGGCCAUCUUGACGAGGACGUCGAUGUCGGCGAUGAGCCGCUGAUGUCGGGCUCGAUCGACGGACCGGCAAACCUCCUGGAACUCUCUCAGCUCCACUGGGAAUGGCUGAAGCUUGUCGAGCUGUAUUCGCGACGCUUCCUGACGAGAUCUAGCGACAAGCUGGUCGCCUUGUCAGGCCUGGCGAGAUUGUUCCAGCAGAGGUUCUCCCGCGCGAAGGUCUUGUCCCGGGACGAACAUAUCAUUGCAGUAUUUGACGAGAAGACGCUGGUAACAUCGGAUCCCCCCAUGGCGCCCGGCCUACCCGCAUCCUAUUACGCGGGACUCUGGAGAGAAAGCUUCGUCCUCGGCCUUGCCUGGACAGUCGAUUAUCCCCUCCUGAACAAGACGGGUCAUGCUGAGCACUCAAAUCACAAGGAGUAUUGUGCGCCGAGCUGGUCGUGGGCUUCGGUGGACGGACCCGUAGUCUUCCGGCACAUGGAAUUCACCGCUGGCAGGUACGAAGAGGGUGACAACCCGCAGUUGAGUUGCGACGUGAAGGCGGAGUAA